AUGGACGAAACGGAUAUUAUGGACUUAACGCAUCAGAAAGCGAGAAAGCGACCGCGUCCAAUCAGUUCCGUGGAUGAGUCUGUGCAUGCUUCCCUCAAACGACUCCCGAUCCGAGCAGCGGAGUGCAGGGAUCCCUCGCUGAUGUUCGCAGUCAGGGGAGAGCCUGUCCCCGCAGCAUCUCUCAAGCAAAAUGACCACUCGGUGACUUCCUCUCCAAACACAGUGAUGCCGGCACAGGAUAAUCGCUCCAUCAUGUCCAGGCCCAUGAUCACACGGUCACCGGUGUCUCCCUUGAGCAACCAGGGCAUCCCAACACCUGCACAGCUCACCAAGUCCAAUGCCCCUGUGCACAUUGACGUGGGCGGACACAUGUACACCAGCAGUCUGGCCACCUUAACAAAAUUCCCAGAAUCCCGAAUUGGUCGCCUAUUUGAUGGCACAGAGCCUAUAGUCCUGGACAGCCUGAAGCAGCACUACUUCAUUGACAGGGAUGGACACAUGUUCCGCUACAUCCUCAACUUCCUCAGGACGUCCAAGCUCCUCAUCCCAGAUGACUUCAAAGACUACAGUCUUCUGUAUGAGGAGGCGCGAUACUUCCAGCUGCAGCCUAUGCUUGCUGAGCUGGAGCGCUGGCGCCAGGACCAGGAGCUGAGUCGCGUGUCACGCCCCUGUGAAUGCUUGGUGGUGCGUGUUGCACCUGACCUGGGUGAGAGGAUCACGCUGAGCGGUGACAAGGCCUUGAUUGAAGAUGUGUUUCCGGAGAUCGGUGACGUCAUGUGCAACUCAGUCAAUGCUGGCUGGAACCAUGACUCCACGCACGUUAUUCGCUUCCCACUCAAUGGGUACUGCCACCUCAACUCUGUCCAGGUUCUAGAGCGUCUGCAACAACGUGGCUUCGAGAUUGCUGGUUCCUGUGGCGGGGGUGUGGACUCAUCCCAAUUCAGCGAGUAUGUCCUGAGAAGGGAACUGAGGAGGACAAGUCAGCGAGGACCCAAUUCAAAUAGGAUAAAGCAAGAGCAGCUGGACUAGAAACCUCCCACGCAGUAGGAGGUGCUAGACUUUUCUGUGGCAGCCAAAUGCUCAACGCUGCAGAGCUCUGUGGACUCUGUUUUUCUUUGUUUCCUUGUUGAUGUUUUUGUUUUCUUAAACUUGAGAACCAUCUAGAGAAUUAAAAAAUGAGGUGCAACAGGAGAUUUUUGCCAUAAGAAGAUACAAGACAUUUGAUAAGUUUGAGAUUGCAAGGACAUUUGUGAUUGUCUAGCCCCCAUGA